AUGGAAACAGCAGCUACCCCACAGGACUAUGGCACGACCACGGAAUUUGACUACGGAGAUGCAACACCAUGUAUGAAGACAGACGUGAAGGCCUUUGGGGACCAACUCCUUCCCCCUUUGUACUCACUGGUGUUUGCCAUUGGCCUGGUCGGUAACAUCCUGGUGGUCCUGGUCUUAAUGCAAUACAAGAGGCUCAAAAACAUGACCAGUAUCUACCUCCUCAACCUGGCAAUUUCUGAUCUGCUCUUCCUUGUCACGCUGCCCUUUUGGAUUGACUAUAAACUGAAGGACAACUGGGGUUUUGGCAAUUUCAUGUGCAAAUUACUCUCAGGAUUUUACUACAUAGGUUUAUACAGCCAGAUCUUUUUCAUCAUUCUGCUGACGUUCGACAGGUACCUGGCCAUUGUCCAUGCUGUGCUUGCCCUGCGAGCCCGGACCAUCACCUUUGGCAUCAUAAGCAGCAUUGUCGCCUGGGUCUUGGCCAUCUUGGCAACCAUCCCCGGCUGGCAGUUUUCCAGGGAACAGAAGGAGGUCAGUCGUUAUACCUGCAGCCUUCACUUCCCUGUAAAAAGCUGGAAAACAUGGAAACAGUUCCAGGCUCUGAAACUGAACAUCUUGGGACUGAUUUUGCCUCUGUUGGUCAUGAUUGUCUGCUACACAGGGAUUAUAAAGAUUCUGCUCAGACGACCGAAUGAGAAGAAGACCAAAGCUGUCCGUCUGAUAUUUGUCAUCAUGAUUAUCUUCUUCUUCUUUUGGAGCCCCUAUACUCUGACUAUGUUAGUGUCUGCUUUCCAAGACUCUCUUUUCACCUAUGAGUGUGAGCAGAGCAAGCAACUGGACUUGGCCAUCCAAGUGACAGAGAGUAUCACCUUCAUGCACUGCUGCAUCAACCCCAUCAUCUAUGUCUUCGUCGGGGAGAGGUUCCGGACAUACCUCCACCACUUGUUCCACAGGCUAGUCACUGUGCACCUGGCUAAAUGGCUUCCCUUCCUUUCCACGGAGAGGUUGGAGAGGGUCAGCUCUGUGAUUCCUUCCAUAAGGGAGCAUGAGCUUUCAGAGGUGCUCUGA